ACGUGACCUUAUCGCUUCUUCUCUGUCUGACUGGUAAGUGGUAAGUAGAGUUUGUGAACGGGAUUCUGUGGGGCAACUAUAGUUCGGCUUCUGAACUCAGCAACAGCUUUAACUUAAUAGGGUUCAGUAGUAGUUUGAAUUCUCGGUUCUGGUUUCCUAUCCGGACGAACUCAAGAGGGACUGGGAGAAGUGAAGUAGCUGAAGUGAAUGGCAGCUGUGGCACUGUCAUCUUUAUCCUGCCCUUACAAGAUUGACCAUGGUAAUGAAAAAUCGACUUUGGUAUGUAAAGUUAGGACAUUCUCCAUCACCAGCCAGUUGGAAAGACAUGUACUGAUAAAUGAAUGCCUUCGAGCUGGAAACACCAUGGAAUUCUCUUCAUUUAUGGGAAUGCCAGCCUCAAAACCACCGUCCUUAGUUUCUUCCAGCAUAAAAAUUUGCCAAUUCCCAGUUAUCCCCACAAAACACACCCAAAAUCAAAUUCGAUCGCUAGAAUUUGCACCCCUUUAUGCCGCCGCCCUGAAUAGCCCAAGAGGCUUUGGACCCCCACCUAAGAAAAAUAAAAAGACAAAGAAGUCAAAGAGCGGUAAUGACAAAGAUGAGGAAGAAGAAGAUGAUGAUGAUGAUAAAGAGUUUGACCGAGAGGCAGGCAUAAUACCUGAGGUAGUGACCAACAGGAUGAUCAGCAGAAUGGGUUUCUCGGUAGGAAUUCCACUGUUUAUGGGGCUCUUAUUUUUCCCAUUCUUUUACUAUCUCAAGGUUGUUUUAAAAAUUGAUGUCCCAACGUGGGUGCCCUUUAUUGUUUCCUUCUUCUUCUUUGGGACUGCCUUAUUAGGGGUGAGUUAUGGCAUUGUGUCCUCUAGUUGGGAUCCGCUAAGGGAAGGCUCACUCAUGGGAUGGAAUGAGGCUCAGAAGAACUGGCCUGUUUUUUGGCAAUCCAUUUGGGGUGGAUCACGGAAGAAGUAGGACUCAUUCACAUUUUCGUCUGCAACUAAUUCACAUUGUGAUGCCUCUUAUACCUUCUCUUUGCCUUCUUGUUUUCAGUUUUGCCCACUGAUGUUUUCAUUCUCAAACACUAAAAUAACUUUGAUGAAGUUUAACUGUAAAUUUACAUUUCAAU